AUGCCGUUCAAAGGGAACGACAGCUCCGUGAGCUGCGAGGAGUGGCUAAUAAAUAGUCAGUGGACAGUAAGACGAAGACUGCAGGAAAAUAACCUGACCCGUAAAACACCUGCGAUUGGUCCAAUAUUUACUCCAGCUCAUCGGCAAGCACGCCUGCGUUUUGCACUGGAUCAUCUGAAUUGGAUGUUGGAACAAUGGGGAUCUGAUUUGUUCUCAGAUGAGACCAGAGUAUACCUCCAUCGUAGCGACCGAAGAAGGAAAGUGUACCGAAGACCAAGAUAG